GCCCAGCUGCCUGCACGAGCCGCUUUAUAAAGAGCUAAAUUUACCAAACUUUACGUUGUUUCCUGAGCUCUCACAAUUGGCCAGGCGUACUCGGGCUAGAGAGUUAUAAGGUUUGGAGGACCUCCUUCCACUUUUAAACUUGUUCAUGUCUUUAGAGCGCAGCUGUGGAGAGCGACAGUAAAAUAGACGCACAGAUUCUGGUGCGGCUGCCGCAACAUUCUUUGACAAGAGAUAGUUAUUAUUUCACCAAACGAUGGCCUUAUCCGGAGUGAUGCUACCGUCAUUUUCUACCUUCUCAAACCAAAGAGAAAAAAACUGGGAAAACAGGUGGAAAGGAGAUGUGGACAAACUAGUCUCCACCAGCUGCUCCAUGCUUGAAAUGGUACACAGCCUUGACAAUCACAGCAAAAGGGACGACGAGGAUCUGAGUAAUUAUUUGGAUCUGGAUUUUAUUCUCGCCAACACGACUGGCUCAGACAGCACGGCGGAAUUUGUGGGCACAACUGACCCCAGUAUGUACACGACGGGAAACUCCGUGCCAUCCUAUCCAGCAGACGACCACCGCUCCCCACCGCCCCCGUACGGCGCCAGCCUCAUGACAGAGUUGCUCCGCUCCGACGGAACCAACAACUAUGGCAUUACGCGCAACCCCUGCGUUCAGGGGAGAUUUUAUGUCAAUACGGCACAUUUUCCCCGCCAGGACAUCAAAGUGGAGCCACCCAUGGACGGCUAUGGCCCCGUUAUGGGCAUGGUGCCCCAAAGCUGCAGCAAAAUCAAGCAAGAAGGGAACGUUUCGUGCAUGAUGUCCUUCGAGCAGCCCCGGGUGGCCAUCUCCCCGCGGGCAGCCAGCAACAUGACCCCGCCUCUCAGCCCCGAUGAGCAGGGAGCUUCGGACUGCCAGGCACAGAUGUGCCAGCCUAUGAACUUCUCACACAAGUAUCACACACCCGCGGCUUUCCCGCAUCACCCUCAGGCUCCCCAGAUGCAGAUGCCCUACCACGCUCCGCAUACUGCCUUUGGCAUGUACGAUGAGGGUCUCAGCCUGCAGCCAGGCGCGCAGAGGGUGAUACUCACACCGCCCUCCUCUCCCCUCGAGCUGCUGGAGUCCAAACCCAAGAGAGGACGGCGCACAUGGCCGCGGAAGCGCACAGCGACGCACACCUGCAGCUACGCUGGCUGCGGAAAAACCUACACCAAGAGCUCACACCUGAAGGCACAUCUCCGAACUCACACCGGUGAGAAGCCGUAUCACUGCAACUGGGAAGGCUGUGGAUGGAAAUUCGCCCGCUCCGAUGAGCUGACACGUCAUUUCCGCAAACACACCGGACACAGGCCCUUCCAGUGCCACCUGUGUGAACGCGCCUUUUCCAGGUCUGACCACCUGGCACUUCACAUGAAGAGACACAUGUGAACGAGCCCACAUAAGGACUUGGGGUUCACGGAGGGGGUUGUGUUAUUUUUAUUGUGAUUAAAUUGAUGUAUUUUUUAUUUAAA